AUGGUCAAUAAAGCAGUCGUUAAAAAUGUUUUGUCAGGUGAUACUGUCAUUUUAAGGGGUAAACCCAGACCCAACGGCCCACCACCAGAAAGACUAUUAGCUUUGUCCAAUGUGCAGGCACCGAGAUUAGGAAGCACAACAAAAUCAGAUGAACCUUUUGCUUUCGGCGCUCGAGAGUUCCUGAGAAAGUUAUUGGUCGGCAAGGAGGUUUCCUUUGUCUCUGAAUAUACGGUUCCUACAACACAGCGUGAAUAUGGUACUAUCUAUACAGCCAAUGGCGAGAACGUUGCUGAACUAGGCGUAAAAGCCGGCUGGCUCAAAAUACGCGAAGGCGCCAAGACUAACUCUGACGAGCGCGAGGAAGUACUAGAAAAAUUGGAGCAGCUGCAAAGAGAGGCACAAGAUGAGAAACUAGGAUUGUGGGGAGACCUAGAUAAGGGUGUACGUGAGGUGCAUUUUACUUUCGAUGGAGACGCACACAAAUUCUUGGAUACUUACAAAGGAAAACCUUUGGAUGGUAUUGUUGAACAAGUACGUGAUGGAUCAACUUUCCGUGUAUUAUUAAUGCUACCCAACAAAACGCAGCAAUUUAUUACCUUACUAUUAUCUGGUAUUAAGGCACCACAAUGUAGACGUGAUAACGCACCGGAAGACGAUACCACUGUCUCUGAACCAUUUGGCGAAGAAUGUAAAUAUUUCGUUGAGACACGUCUUUUGCAACGUGGCGUUAAAAUCAUCUUAGAAGGAUUGGCGCAAUCAGGAGGAUCAAAUUUUGUGGGUUCUAUUCAGCACCCUGCAGGCAAUAUUUCAGAGCUUUUGCUCGCUCAGGGCUUGGCUAAAUGCGUUGAUUGGAGUAUUACUUUAGCAACAAGCGGCCCCACUCCUUUGAGAAAUGCAGAAAAACUUGCCAAGGAUAAAAAGCUUCGCCUAUGGCGCAAUUUCGUUGCAAAGAAGCAAGUGGAAUCUAAUGAGUUCGAUGCUACUGUUGUUCGCAUCAUGACUGGCGAUACUAUUAUGGUUAGAACCAAAGAUGGCAAUGAAAGAAAGAUUCAGCUGGCCAGUGUCAAACAAGCACCCCGUGGUUCUGGAAGUACCGUGCCCAGUGGUAAAUCAAGAGAUGGGAAAGAAGUUGGCUAUCAAUUUGAAGCUAGAGAAUUUUUGAGAAAGAAGUUAAUUGGUAAACAAGCCCACAUUACUAUCGACUAUCACAAACCUGCUCAAGAUGGAUUUGAAGCCAAAGAUUGCGCUACCGUUAUUGCUAAUAACCACAACAUUGCUGAGCAAUUGAUUGUACGCGGUCUCGCUACUGUAAUUCAUCAUCGAAAGGACGAUGAAAAUCGCUCUCACUGUUAUGAUCAGCUUUUGAUUGCUCAAAAGAAAGCUGAAGAAGAACGAAGAGGUCUCCAUAGUAAUAAUGAACUGCCCGUUGUAAGAAUUACUGAUGCUUCUGAGAGUGCAGCCAAAUCCCGUCAAUUUUUGACCUUCUUGAAGCGUGCUGGUAAAGUCCAAGCUGUGGUGGAAUUUGUCGCUAACGGUUCUCGUUUCUCUGUCUGGGUGCCGAAAGAAAAUUGUCGUCUUUCAUUUGUUUUAUCUGGCGUUCGCGCGCCUCGUGUUGGCCGUACACCCAACGAUAAAACCGAACCUUAUGGUGGAGAAGCAUUGAGCUUUGUAUCUGAUAAGUGUCUUCAACAUGAUGUUGAAAUUGAAGUCGAAAACGUUGACAAAGUGGGCAACUUCAUCGGAACCAUGUUUGUUAAUGGAGAAAAUUUGGCCGUAGAGCUUUUGUCGCAAGGGCUUGCUUUCAUCCACGAAUAUUCUGCAGAUGAAUCACGUUAUGUUAAUCAGCUUUAUGGCGCUGAACGUGAAGCGAAAAGUGCUAAGAAGUGCAUCUGGGCCGACUUCAAGGAAGAUACUGAAGAAGAACAAGAACAGAUCACAGCCAAUGGCCCUAACCGUGAAUAUAUCGACAUUGUUGUUUCUGACAUUAUCUCUGGCUCUCAUUUUUACAUUCAAAAGAUCACAAAUGAAAUUGCUCAACUUGAACAAUUAAUGACCGAUUUAGGACAGUACCAAAAGACUCGACCUGCCGACCCUUCUUUCAAACCACGCGUAGGUGAUCUUGUGAGUGCGAAGUUCACAGAAGAUGACUGUUGGUAUAGAGGAAGAGUGCGUCGCAUUUCUCACGAAGGAAUCGAAGUGCUAUAUAUCGACUACGGUAACUCUGAAACUCUUCCUUCUUCCCGGGUUCGUGCAUUGCCCGAGCAAUUCAAACAACUCAAGCCACAAGCUCAUGAAGCAAAACUCUCCUUUGUCAAGUCGGCAGAUAGAAACGAAGACUGGGGUAUCGAAGCGAUUGAACGUUUCAAGGAUUUAACGGCCAACAAACAACUUGUCGCUAAUGUAGAUGCGCGUGAAGGUUCUCUAAUGUAUUUAACCCUCUAUGACUUUGCUAAGUCAACCAGCGCAGAGGCAAGUGUCAAUUUAGAUAUGGUGCAAGAUGGUUAUGCCAUAGUCACACCUAAGGUUCGUUAUGCACACGGUAAUGAAAAUAUUGUGAGAGCACUACAGGAAGCACAAGAAGAGGCUAUUAAACGUAGAGUCGGCAUGUUUGAAUAUGGUGAUAUUACCGGAAAUGAAGAUGUUACAAGCACAUCUUACUAUUAA